UCGUAACACCUACGGCCUGGAAACUUAUAAAAAUGACAAAAGGAAAUUCAUAGCCGAUGUUGAAAUUCACUGGAACCACUUAUGUUUGAGCACAUUUCAUGUACAGUUUCUGUCAAUCAGAGUAUCUUUGAAAAAAGCAAGUGUAAUACAACUGUGCCACAUCAAACAUGUGAUUCGAAAGCAGCUCAAACAAACUUAGACAGUUUUAAGCCAGAAUGAACAAAAUAAACCACCGCACUAAGGAAGAAUAUUUAUUGAAAUGUGAUUGGGCAACCAAUUAAAUUAAUUAUAUGCCAGCUGAACUUUCUUAGGAUUUGUAAUUUAUACACAAUGUGUCAUUGUCUAAUAAAAUGAAUUGAUCUCGCCUACUCGGACCAAUCUAUCCUGUCUUCGUCUCCGUAGGUCAAAGAGGUGUUGGACUGAUAAAUAAUCAGCAUAUGAUCUUUAGUCGAAUUUUCUAUUGCUUUUCAAUAUCAAAACCAAAAAUCAUCAGUAUUCAUAUAUCAUCCGACAUAACAUUUCCAUCCAUUCUUUUGAUAUUACUUGUUAAACACACAUUUUAACCUUCCACCGGAUCCCAUUUGGUGCUAUUAAAAUAGUUUAUAAACGAUAGACCUACACCAUGGUGAAUUUUUCAAUCAUGUAGACAACUCUUAUGUUUACCUAUAAGCAUUCUACAUGUUAUUAGCUGAUAGUAGUAACUAUAAUAAUGGGCCAAUAAGAAGCACAAGUAAAAACCAAUCAUAUCACAGUAACUUUUCUUGAUAUAAAUAAGUUUAAUAUAUCUGAGAAAUUUAUUUUAUUUUCCGUGUUCGUUUACUGUAUAGGUGAGUAGAUGGAAGUUGUUGGUUCACUUGACAUCUGCCUUAGAAUUACUUCUACUUUUCUACCUAUUAUUAUGACGUUAAUUUUAGAAAUCUCUUUUACCUUAGAUUAAUUCAGUAUACAAUAUGGAAGAAGUGGAAAUCAGAGAGAUGUUUUGUAUGAUUGAUAGAAAAAACCGUGGUAGAAUCAACAGUAGACAGUUAAGACAAUUCCUAAAAAAGCAUGAUGCUAAAUUCAGUAGAAAGUCAGUGAAAAAUUAUGUCCGAUCAAUAGACAGUGACGGGGAUGGUAAAUUAACGUUGGAAGACUUAAUAAGAGCUCUUACGAGAACAGAACAUCCAAAAUAAAUUGUUUCAUUAUAUUUACUUCUAACAAAAAAUAUAAUGAGUAAACUGUAACAAAAAGAGAACUAAUAAAAAUGAUCAGUUUCCACUUUGUUUAACCUUUUUCUAUUGAUAUUCAUCAGUGUAUGGCUUUCUACAUAUAUGCAUAUGCGAUGUUGCGUAUUGUGUAUGUUGAAUUGGCAUGAAUUAUACUGUUCAAUAGAUCUCAUUAUAUGAACAUUUUGAGUUUCCGAUGGGAGAUGCGGUGAAAUUUCACCUACAAUUGUUUAGGUUUCAAAUAAGUAAAGAUUAUUAUUCUAAAGAUAUAUUUCUUCUUACACAAUUCACCUAUACAUAACUUAUUUUUUUAUAAUAGCUUUAUAACUAUACAUUAUUUUCUGUGAAAAAUUUACUAAGCGUAUAACUGCCUAUAUCUGUCUAAGGUAUUAAUCAGUACUGCUUUGAACUGUAACUGAGGGUAUAAAAGUAGCAAAAGUCACUUAUCCUAUUGUCAAUGAUUCGACGUUCAACGAACGAUGGAAUCCUUCGAAUUGUAGCAGCAAAGACAAUUAAUCAUGGAAAAAAGGUUGGAAUAAACUGAUAUUGAUACUUUAUAAAUUACCGAAUUUUCUGUGUUAACUUUUACGAUGUGGAAAAGUUUUUGAUAACUGAUAGUACUCUUGAAUUUGCAUUUCCUGUUGUAGAGUCUUCCGUAUAUUGUUAAAGCUGUGACCAUCAAAUUAUUGCCAUUUAC